GCGAGCGGCGGGGCGGGGCGCGGCGCGAGUCCAUGGCCGGCGCUGGGGAGCUGGAGCGGUGGCUCAAUAAGGCCACUGACCCAAGUAUCGCCGAGGAGAACUGGGAAUGCAUCCAGCGGUUCUGUGACCAGGUGAACGCCAACACAGAAGGCCCAUCCCUUGCACCGAGGCUGCUGGCACAUAAAAUCCAGUCACCUCAGGAGAUGGAAGCUCUCCAUGCUCUCACAGUGCUAGAGACCUGUGUGAAUAACUGCGGUGAAAGAUUUCACAAUGAAAUAGCAAAAUUCAGGUUUCUGAAUGAGCUGAUUAAAGUGCUUUCCCCAAAGUACUAUGGAACCUGGUCUUCAGAAAAAGUCAAGUCAAGAGUCACAGAAGUAAUAUUCAGUUGGACAGUCUGGUUUCCUCAGGAAGUUAAAAUCCGGGAUGCUUAUCAGAUGCUGAAGAAACAAGGGAUUGUAAAAGAAGACCCCAAAUUGCCAGAAGAUAAAAUUUUACCUCCCCCUUCUCCACGACCUCAGAAUUCUAUUUUUGACACAGAUGAAGAGAAAUCCAAGCUCUUAGCAAGGCUUUUAAAGAGCAACCACGCGGAAGACCUGCAGGCUGCCAACCGUCUGAUCAAGAGCAUCCUUAAGGAGGAACAAGAAAAGUCAGCUAAGAUGUCCAGAAGAGUGAAUACCAUCAGUGAGGUUUCUGAAAAUGUUAAACGUAUGGAUGAAUUACUGGAAAACUACAAGAGACAAGAAUUAUCCAAAUCUGACCAGGAGACCCUACAGACUCUGUUUCAACGCUGUGAGAAGCUCAGGCCGCUGCUCUUUCGCCUUGCCAGUGAGACAGUUGAUGACGAUGGGGCUCUAGCUGAGAUACUGCAGGCCAAUGACAAGCUCGCCCAGGCGCUCGGACAGUACAGGCAGGUUGUCGCCAGCCGUGACGAUGGUGGUGGAGGAGGUUCAGCCACCAGCUCUGCUGAUGCAGCAGCAUGCCGGCCAGCCCCAAGACGCAUGAAGAGCUAUACACUGAUUGACUUCUCUGAACUGGAGAUGACGUCCCAGUCUCCUGCAGACCAGUUUGCAAACAUAACCACCACCUCCCGCCACGGCAGCACAACCUCUACCUGUCUGCUUGAUGAGGAGUUGGAGUCAUUAGAUCUCAGCAACUCACCUGUUGUACAGAAACCACCACCUGAUUUUGGAUUAGCAGAGACUGCUGUACACAAUGGAUAUGGUGAAGUUGUAAGUGCUGUUGAAAAACUGGGACUGCAGGAGAGCUGGGAAGACAGCUCUUCCGAGAAGAAUGAAUUUCAGGGUCUGGUUGAUCAGCUCUCUCCACCAUCCAGGACCAAGGCAUUAUCUUUGGAUUUAUCACCAAUGAAAUUGCCCUUUCCAGAUCUUCCAAAUAGCUCAAUGGCAGAUACUUCAUUCUCCAGUCUAGGCUACGAGCUGAAGCCCGCUGCCUCUUUGCAUCCAGCUUCCUAUGAUGCUUCCCUAGAAAACCUUUUUGUCCCUUUAAUUUCAAUUACACUGAGCAGUAUCUGUCCACUUACAGUGUACGACAGGAAUGGUUUCAAGGCUAUGCUCCACUUCUCCAGAGACCCGGCUCCUGGCCGACCAGAUGUGCUGGUGAUGGUUCUUUCCAUGCUGAGCACAUCAGCUCAACCAAUUAAGGACAUAGGGUUCCAGGCUGCAGUCCCCAAGACCAUGAAAAUAAAGUUGCAGCCAGCAUCCGGUUCUGAGCUGCCUGCCUUCAGCCCUCUCCUCCCCCCCGCGGUGGUCUCCCAGGUCCUGCUCCUCGCCAACCCGCACAAGGAUCCCAUCCGGCUCAGAUACAAACUAGCGUUCACGCAAGGCGCGCAGCCCUUCAGGGAGGUGGGAGAGGUGACCGGCUUCCCGGGAGCCGAGCUCUGGGGCAGGAGCUGAAGUUGAGCAGGCUCUACAGCCCUGCAGCCGGGAGCCUUAACGCUUCUGCCAUACGAGUCUUUCCUUCUGCUUUCUGGCCCGAUUUUUCCCUCAUCCCCAUUUAUUUUUCUUUUUGAAUUAAAAGAAAAAAAAACCAAAAA